AUACGGAGGCUCUGUUGGCUGCAUUUGUAAUUGGAAAUAAAAGCUGAUAACUAAAGCACAAAAGCGCACAGAAUCACUGAUCGGUUCAUCUUUGCACGUUCGCUCUUGCAGAAGGGACACAAUGGAUUGGCAAAGAGUUUUGCUUAUAGUGGGGAUUUGUGUAAUUGUAAGUUCUUACCUUGAAGAAGGAGUGGAAGCUCUUAAUAUAAGAAUAGGACGAAGAAGAUCGAGUGGAAAGAGGGAUUCAUGGAUAGAGAAGAAUGAAAUUCGUCCCUUACAGAACUCUCAACGGAGAGAGGAAAUGCUGAAGGUAACAUCUGGUUCAAAAUAAAAAAAUAUAUAUCUUUGGAAAAAGACAAGAUAUAUUUCAAGUAAUGCCUCCAAAAGUAAACAGAAAUGUUUCGAAAUUGUGAUUUUUCUUUCUUCUUGAUGCCAAUCGAUGUGUAGUCGAUAGCUUUUAGUUGUCAAGGUGGAUGUAUUUCCUUACAUUAGAAAUUUGAGUGAAGGGAGAAUCAUUAUCCUGAGACGUACCGGUAAACUCAAGCCCCCCAAAAAAUAGGACGUUUUUAUAUCUCUUAGGAAAAAUAUAGAAAAAUUCUAAAAUCUUUCCAAAUGCGAUAAAAAAUUCUUAGAUUUAGUGCCUCUACCAGAGGGUGGGCAAUUUAACGCAUGAAAACAUUACUUUGAGCAGGUUACCAUUAUGUUUCCUCGUAAUUGUGAUUUAUGACCAUCCUUCUCAUUUCGUUUCCUUUUUACAAUUUGUGGAUAGAUGUAUGAGACAAGCUUUGCGGAGGACGAUAUGCCGUCAGUAGAAGAAAACCGAUUACAAGGACAGUUUUAACUGGAAGAGCAUAGAAUUGCCUCUUGAACAAAGAAAACACCGUACAAGUUAACUCUUAUCUCACGACCAUAAUAGAUAAUAUGAUUAUAAGUCUGUACUAGUAUUCAAUAGUAAACAAGAAAUAAGGAAUAAAAAAAAUCUUGAAGUU